AAGGGGCGGGGCGAUGUCGAGGCUGAGAGUUUGGUGUGGGAGAGGGACAUGGACCAAGGGCGCUCUUCCGAUUAGCAGAGGCCGUGAGCGACUCGCACAGCCAGAACUCUUGAAAUAAUAGAUGAGAUCGGGUUUUCGAUAGCCUACAACAAAACCAAAAUAAAACAAAAAACAUAUAAGCAACCCAUCUUUCACAUCUACUUCACGCACACACUAACACGGCAUUGAUGGUAAUGUAUACAAGGAAACAACCAAGACUCGGCGAUGGGUGCAACGACCGAAGGGACUCUCAGCCCUAUCAGACUUUUAAAUACUCAUCGAAGAGUCACCCAGGCGGUGAUCACAGACAUGAGAAGAUGCGAGAGAGCAGCGAUGGCACUCCGCCGUGUAAGAUGGUGCGCAGAUCAGACAGUCCUGACAACAAGCACACAGAGAGCAGUGCACACAGCAGAGCUAAAUCCACACAUCUCCACCGGGCCAGAGACAGGGAUGGAGGCACCAGUAUUUCCCCUCAAGAGAAUUCUCACAACCACAGUUCUCUGCACAGCUCCAACUCUCACUCGAACCCCAACAAAUCAGACACAGCGUACGACCCUGCAGAUGAUUGGUCGGAGCACAUCAGCUCUUCAGGGAAGAAGUACUACUACAAUUGCAGAACAGAAGUGUCACAGUGGGAGAAGCCCAAAGAGUGGCUGGAGAGAGAACAGAGACAAAAAGAAGCAACUAAGAUGGCAACAGCAACGGCGGUGGUCAAUAGCUUCCCUAAAGACAGAGACUACAGACGUGAAGCGAUGCAGGCUGCUCCCACCAGCUUCACCCCGACCAAGUCUGUAGUUGCCACAGAAAAGCCUUCCUCCCUCACCCCAUCUUCUUCCUCUGCUGCUGUGUCUGGGCUAAGUGCUGCCAACCCCACUAGCUCAGUGUCAAGUUCUACAGUUUCCCCGGUGAUGCAGUCCCCUGCUACACCGACGAUCCUACAAGACCCCUCCCUUUUACGCCAGCUUCUCCCAGCGCUACAGACGGCACUGCAGCUGAACAAUGCCAGUGUGGAUAUGGCCAAGAUCAAUGAAGUUCUCACAGCUGCAGUAACACAGGCUUCACUGCAGUCGAUGCUCCACAAGAUCCUGACCGCUGGUCCGUCUGCGUUCAACAUCACAACACUUCUCUCCCAAGCUGCUCAGCUGUCUAGUCAAGCCCAGCAGUCCAGUCAGUCUCCGAUGUCCCUGACGUCAGAUGCUUCGUCCCCGCGGUCAUAUGUGUCUCCCAGGAUCAGCACGCCCCAAACUAACACAGCGUCCCUGAAACCCCCCCUGAGCACCACGCCUGUCUCGUCUCAGACCAAGGUGAAUGCUCUGGGGAUUAAAACCAGUUCACUUCCUCCACCCUCAUCUCAGCAGCCCCUCCCUUCAGAUAAACACCAUGACAACAGCAACUCCCCACGGACACUGCAGCGGCAGAGUAGUCAGAGAAGCCCCUCUCCUGGUCCAAACCAUGUUGGAAACAGUAACAGCAGCAGCAGUAAUAAUGGCAGUGGUGGUGGUCAGAGUACUGGCACGGGGACUGGAGCAGGGGCUGCGGGUUCAGUACCAGCUGGAACAGCCACGGCCAGACAAACCUGCUCCUUCACACCCUCUUUGGCAGCACACUUUAACGAGAACCUCAUCAAACAUGUGCAAGGCUGGCCUGCAGAGCACGUCGAGAAACAGGCAUCACGGUUACGUGAAGAGGCUCACACCAUGGGCAGCAUUUACAUGUCUGAGAACUGUACAGAGCUGAAGAAUCUGCGCUCACUAGUGCGUGUGUGUGAAAUCCAGGCCACACUGCGUGAACAGAGGAUACUCUUUUUGAGACAACAAAUUAAAGAGCUUGAAAAGUUGAAGAAUCAGAAUUCCUUCAUGAUCUGAGAACUCUGGGUUUGUUUGGUGUGGGUUUUGAGUAGGACAGCAGAGGUAUGAGGAUGAGUUGGAAUCCAUUUUAUGUGCACAGAACCCUGAAGAACCACCGUUCUGUUCUGCUCUGUGUCCAGUCUUACACAAAAGGCGCUGCUGUGGACUGAAGGACGAGGGAGGGGGAUGAUGGGUGGAGGCUAUGGUCGAGAUGAGGUGGAGAUGUUUUGGGACCUGCUCUUGCCAGGGGCCGUGUAUAUGUAGAUUUCUUGUAGAUGUUAUUUCCAUGUUGUAAAUAUGUUUUGUAGAUGAAGCCAUGGGAAGCUAUGCCUAUCAGAAAAGCUUUUGUCAUCCAAAUGUUUAAAAAAAUAAAUAAUAAUAAUAACCUAAUCAGCACCAACUCCAGCUGAGGACAUUCAUCGUCUUCAGGUGUCCAUAUGUAAAAAUCUGAUUGCAGAUUUUUAAACCUGCUUUUGGGGGAGGGGGGGGAAUCUGAAAUCUGCUCAUCCUAAAAACAUUUGGUGAGCCAUUGCCUUGAGCAUGUACUAUAUGUGCAUGAGGGGAGGGGCAGCGGACGAUUCAGUGGGGGCAACUAGUGACAAUGACCACAACACACACUUGCACAUCCGUGUCUUCUGACUACACACACCUCCACCUUUUAAACCCUGUCUGGUUUGUGUCUCUCUGCAUAUGAAUAAUUGUAAUGUUGCUAAAUGGUUAAUGGAUUUUUUUUUUUCUUUUCCAUUCUUUUUUGCUUUCUCUGAUCGCACUGUAAAGGAUUUCACUCUCCAAGUCCAUGCCUUUUAAAGGAAUUGGAUCAUUUCUGUCCACAAUGUUUGUGGUCUUUGCCCCAAUGGCCCUGAUGUGCCCUGUCAACACCAGUGCCUGCUUGUAUGGAGGAGUAAAUCAGAGAGAGCGAGCGAGAGAGAGAUUCUUUUGCUCAUUGAAUGAUGAAGAGAAAGUGCCAUUCCUGCAGCUUGAUCUAAAAAGCCCACUAUCCUGUCUCCCAAACUGGCUUUCCCUGACACUAGUGAAAUCUAGUUGACACAAAGGACACCGCCCCCGAGUUUUUCUUGUUUCCAGAUGUUUUGGCAAGUUUAUUGUUCUUAUUUUUCUUGUGGUGUGUGUGGGUUUUUUUUUUUUUUUGUUUAUUGCAACUUGCAUUAAACCAUGAGUCCAUUCCUUUGUACAGUCGUUAAUUAAUAAUGGAGUUUAAAAAGAGUUUUAUUAAAAGUUGCAGUGAUUACUAGUAUAUCAUAUGUUGUAUUCAUAAAUUAUUGUCGCACAUUUUCCUUUGCACCCUGAUUGGACAGAGUGGAGCUAGUGCUACCAGAUAGUAGGAAAUGAAGUGUUGAAGGACAUGGCUGAGGACUGGACAUUACCAACUUCGCCACAUCAGUAUCGAGGCAGGGUCACCUGGGGUCAGAAGGUCAAAUGUGAAAUGUAUGUAUUGUAAUAAACCAUGCUAAAAAGUAAA